UGGCUAGAGGACUUCGAAAACACAGUUAAUUUAAGACAAAUAUUAUGCCGGAAAUUAGGAAGUUCCACAGUUAUUAAAAGAAAUAGAAAACUAAUGAAACGCAAACUUUUGGAAAUGAAUGACCAUAUUAUAUUCGAUCAAAACUGCGAAGAAAACAACCUUAACCUUUGAGUGAGAGCAAAUAUUUUUCUAAGAAUGAUAUAAAGAUGGGUUAAAAACUAAUUACAAAAUAAAAAUAAUGCAAAUAAGUUAUAAAAGCCGAAAGAAAAUUCUUUCCAUUCAAAACGCUUGACAAUAACGAUCGAAAAGUUGUUACUUAUGAUCUAUGUUUCAGAAUGUUUUCGUCACCGAUAAGGAAUUAUUUCAUGUUUACUGGCCUUCCAGUUUAUUGUGAAGAUCAAACUAAAUUUGGCUUCGUAUGCUGGUAUUGUUGGAGGGUACUGUUGGUUGUACGAUAUAAUACUGAAUUAAUGUACGUAUCAUACAGAAUGAUAAAUAAGUUUAUAAUUUACGAACUGUAUGGUUUGAUGGAUGUUAUUGUCAGUGCUUUUAUUUUUGAUGCAUUGAUCGGUAAACAUAAAAGGGUAAUGAGUUUACAAAAGGUAAUAACGGAUAAUAUGAAGAACGGCUUCUGCAAAGUAAAAGCUGCAGACCUGCGCCGUGCCACAGUUAUGAAAAUUGUGUUUUUCAUCAGCAUUAUCUCCUGCGUAGUCAGUCUACUGAGCGUUUUUCAAGCGUCAGAAUUCAAUGACUUGGACUUCAUUUCUGAAUCCUUUGACGUAAACUUAAGCUACACGUUGUUUAUAUCUUUAUCGAACUGGUUGACAACAGCGAGCAGCUCAAUGUUUUAUUGUGCAUUCUGCGUUCAUCUGAAAUCUUUGUUCUACUCGAUUAAUGAAAGAGCUCAAAAGUUGGUUAAGGAUAUUGACUUUUUACGUAAUCGCUACAAGCGGCAAUGCAAUAAAAGGUUACAAGAGCAAAGGAAAGCGACAUUAAUGCUACCAACGCCUAAUGAAAGAGCAUUUCACGAUGCAUUUUUGAAAAACGAGAUGUUUGCAAAUAAAUGCCCACUUUGUGAUAAACUCCCUAAUUUUGAAGAAAAUUAUUCGGAUACCUCCUCUUUAAAAAGCACAAAGCAUGAUCAUCGUAGUUCAAUUACUUCUGCGAUAAGUUCGAGGAAACUGUCUACCAGCGAAGGAAAUCCUAUUGACUACCUACCCACAGAUGCCGAAGACAAAAAACUUAACGCUAGAAUCGACUAUGAGAUGUCUGUGAAAGUGCAGGAUGUGAACAGAAGGUUUAUAAAAGUUGCUGAUUUGGUGAAAGAAGCGGAUAACAUAUUUUCCUUGCAAUUUCUAGUGAUUCUGACCAUUACCUUCGUUCACUCUUGCUUUUACAUACUGAUUCAUAUCAGCACUGCAGGAGAAAGGAAAAGUCCCAUAAAAGCAAUGGUCAAUAUUGCUGUUCAGAUAAUCUUAGAUUUAUUGGCAUUCGGAUCUGUCGCUUUUGAGGCGUCACUGUUGGCUGAAGAGGCUAUUAAAUUGGCGCCACUUAUUGCACGAGCAAGGAAAAUGUUUGGAAAUGAAGACUUACAGACUCACGUUCAAAGUGAAGUAACAAUGAUGGCUGUGUAUUCCUUUGAUGUACAGCUUACGGCGUGGAAGAUUUUUACAGUGUCUCGGAGAUUCGUGCCGACUGUAAUUGGUUUUACAAUCACCUACAUAUUAAUAAUAUUGCAAAUUUAUCAGGUGAAUAUAUAUAAUGCAAUUGAAUUUGUCAGACCUUUAAUUGUAAAAAAAUUAAUAUCAUGUAAAAUUUGUAACAAAUGAAUAAAUAAAUCAAUUUCAAACUUA